CUCUUUCCGCAAGGAUGAAUCGAGCGGCUGCCGCCCGAGGGGUCUUCCUGUUAUUUUAGGACCACCGGUUGUGACGCCUGACCGAGCCGUAGCUGCCGGAGGGAUCAGAUGGAAGUGCUGGGCGACGAUAAGGAGAACUGCCGAGUAUCCUUCGACAAGAGCGGCAGACCCGGCUCGCCGUACACCGUCGAGUCCCUGCUGCUGCUGGACAACUCGUUGCUGUGUAACAUAGAGCCCGACCAUGGAGCGCACGUCCCUUCGGGAACGUUCAGGCCCCUCCGGGAGUUCAGCGAGCCGCAAUCGGCGUCGCGAGCCGCCGAGGUGCGGUGCGUCGCGACGGCCAGCUCCGGAUCGCCCGGCGCGAAUGAGUGGCAGGACAAAACCCUGAUGGAUCAAGUGUUCGCUCAAUUCGACUCGCAGGACCAGCUGGAGGAAGCCGCCCCGGAGGGUUGCGGUAACAUCAGCGGUUUCGACAUGUUCGACACGUUCUGCGAGGAGCCCGCGAACUCUGGACCGGACAGCGCGGAGCGAAACGCUGAGGAAGCAGCUUUAAAUCAGCUGCGUGAAGCUGCGUUGUACCAGGACGAGUUAAGCGCGUCGUGUUUCUGUAUUACAAGUUUCGGCGACGAUACCUUGGGGGAUGGUCCUUUCGAGAGAGACGCCCGUAAAGUGCCCUCGCCGGUUUUAAAUAACAAACCCGCGAUCUCGAGCGAGAGUAAAAUCUUAAGGAAAAAGCCGCGCUUAAAUGAUGCCGCGUCGAAAGGAGCGGAGAUUGAAGCGGAUCCCGCAAACUGUUCUUCAUUUUACGGCUUGUCGAAUACUGUGAAAAAAUUGAUACAGGAAGUGAAGGGGAUUUGUGAAUUAUAUCAAUGGCAAGACGAAUGCUUGAAGAUGGCUAUCGGAAGCAAGAAGAACUUAAUUUACGCUCUGCCGACCAGCGGCGGCAAAACAUUGGUCGCAGAGAUAUUAAUGUUCAGGGAGAUUUUGUGCAACAAAAAGAAUGUCAUUUUUAUACUUCCGUAUGUGGCUUUGGUACAGGAGAAGGUCCAAUCAAUGGCUAUACUGGCAUUAAAGUUAGGCUUCUUAAUUGAGGAAUAUGCUGGUACGAAAGGCCGUUAUCCACCAAUUAAACGGCGGAAGAAAAACAGCAUUUAUAUAUGUACUAUAGAGAAAGCAUUAGGGCUUGUAAACAGCUUAAUAGAAGCGAAGCGCUUAGUCGAGAUUGGUAUUAUAGUUGUUGACGAAUUGCAUCUGCUCGGAGAGUCUGGAGGAAGAGGAGCUACAUUGGAAGGACUUCUUACAAAGAUAAUGUUCUUCAGUGAUGUGAUACGUUUGAUUGGGAUGAGUGCAACGAUAGGUAAUUUAAAGGAGGUCGCGCAGUUUCUUAACGCGGACACGUACUCUCAAAACUUUCGGCCAGUUAAAAUAACAGAAUAUGUGAAAUGUGAGAACGACAUGUGGAUGGUCAACUUGAAUAGUGAGGAAUUGCUAGUAGACAUGAGCACCAAUGAUUACAAGUAUUCAGCUGACACAGCAAUGCUGGACCCAGACAGAAUUGGAGGUCUGAUAAUGGAAGUAGUGCCAAACGAUUCGUGCCUUAUAUUCUGCUCAAGUCGUAAAAACUGCGAGAAUGUGGCCUUAUUAUUAACCAAAAUCUUGCCCAAGAGUUUGUAUAAUUACAAAACGAACGAAAAGAAAACUUUGUUAAACACGCUUAAGACUGAAGAAGGAUUGUGCUCCAUUUUGGAAAAAACUAUCAAAUUUGGCGUAGCCUACCAUCAUUCUGGUCUUACGUCCGAGGAACGGCGCCUGUUAGAGGACGCCUUUAGAGAAGGUACUCUAUGUGUGAUAUGUUGCACGUCGACCUUAGCGGCUGGUGUCAAUUUGCCAGCGAGGAGGGUAAUAUUGCGUAGUCCUUAUGUCGGUAAUCAGUUCUUGAAUUUAAGUAGAUACAAGCAAAUGAUUGGCCGGGCUGGUCGGGCCGGUAUGGGAGUUUUAGGAGAAAGUAUACUUAUCUGCAAAAAGUCCGAGAUCAGUAAAGUGAAAGAUCUUCUGACUUCUCAGAUGGACGACUCGCUGAGUAGUUUACACACAGAAAACGACAGGGGACUUAACAAUCUGAUUCUAAGUGCGAUACAAUUAAACAUGGCGUUGACUAGGUCCGAAUUGCAUAAAUUAACAACUGCGACUUUGCUCAAUAUUCAACAAACUAGAAUGGACGUUAACUUGAAGGCGAUCACGGACGAAACAAUAACGGCGCUAUUAAAAUGUGGCGUGAUAAAAGUAAAGAGCAAAGGUAGCAAUGCUGGUAAUCCUAAUGUAACUGUUGUCAUUCCGUCUCAAGAAUCAACGCGCGUGGACAAGAGAGAAGUUAGAAAGGGUGUAAAAACGGUCACGUUUACGAGUGAAACUGAAUUUCAGCUUUGUGACUUGGGACAAGCCGCAUUGAAGGGGCCGAUUGAUUUAAAAACCGCAUAUACAUUGUACGAGGAUUUAAAAACAGCUCAGAAGCAUUUAAUCUUAAUUGAUAAUCUCCAUCUUCUGUAUCUCGUCACACCUUACGACAGUGUAUCUCAAAUUACCCCCAUCGGCAGUAUCUAUUAUGACAUGAUAAUGGAGCUGACUGAAAGUCAAAUGCAAGUUGCGAGACUUCUUGGAAUAACAGAGGCUACAGCAAAUAAAUUACGUGACGGCAUAAUGCCUAAGUGCGUCGACAAGAGAGUGGUUCACAGGUUUUAUGUGACAUUAAUAAUAUAUGAAUUGUGGAAUCAUCGUACAGUUUAUUUCGUUGCUGAAAAAUACCAAGUUAGUAGAGGUGUUAUACAGAGUCUUUUAAAUGCAGUCUCAAUGUUUGCGUCUUCCAUAGUCAGAUUUUGUCAGGAAUUGCCCGAGUUUUGGGCAUUUACCGAGAUGUUAAGUACAUUUAGUAAAAAACUAUCUUACUGUUGCCCGUUAGAGUUAGAAAAGUUAAUGGAAUUGCCCUCAGUUAAAAUAGGUAGAGCUCGGCAAUUGUAUAAAGCUGGCUAUAAAACUUUACAAUCUAUAGCGAAGGCCACUCCCAAAGACAUAAGGGAACAGAUUCCAUAUUUAAGUAACAAAUUAGUCACGCAAAUUAUAGCUGCAGCAAAACUCUUAUUAUUGCGAAGAGCAGAGGACUUAAAAGAUGAGUGGGAAGAUAUUUUGGAUGGUAUAAAUAUAAGUCAAAUAGAAGUAGGUGUGUAAAUAUUAACAGUUAUGUAACGUUCUUCCUAAACGAGACGUACGAAUCAUGUGAGGGAUUUAGUUUCACAGAAACUUGAUGAAAAUAUAAGUACAAAUAGACGAAUUGUUUUUUCUUUAGAAGUUUAGACAAUAAAUUAUGUGUAUACAUGUAAAUAAUAUAUUAAUCAGUGUGGGAAAAUUGAUAG